GUACGAAGAGCUCCCGUCCAUCAGCUGUAAUUGGCUUUUGAAAACCGCAAAUCAAAUCCCACCAUGGACACAAUUGGUUGAGGGAUUUCACUUUCUCCUCUCUGAUUGGACGAAAACACCAAGGCCGGACCUGUUGUUUUCCCGCCCACACGGUUCUCUGGCGCACGAACCAAGCAGAGCUCACACAGCCAGAACACCAGUCCGUCUGAAACCAGUCAGUCAGAGACCAGUCCGGGAGACCAGUCCGCCUGAGACCAUUCCGGGAGGAGAGACCCUGCGACCAGUCCGGGAGGAGAGCCGUUGAAACCAAUCCGCCUGUGACCAGUCCGGGAGGAGAGCUGCUGAGACCUGUCCGGGAGGAGACCAGUCCGUCUGAAACCAGUCCGUCCGAGACCAGUCCGGGAAGAGAGAGACCAGUCCAGGGACAUCCAGGGGGACCGGGCAGCCAUGGCGACGCAGACCCUCUCAUCCUGCACCGGGUCCACGAUGCUGCAGCCCAUCAGCGACAUCAUCAACCUCCCGCUGGACCAGGUGAACUUCGUGGUGAGCCAGCUGUUCGCCCUGCUGACGGCCGUGUGGUUCCGUCUCUACCUCCACCCCAGCAAGACCAGCCCCUUCAUCCGCCAUGUGGUGGCCACCUUGCUGGGCUUCUACCUGGCCCUCUUCUGCUUCGGCUGGUACGCCCUCCACUUCCUGGUGCAGACCGGUCUGUCCUACAGCAUCAUGGUCUUCGCCAGCCUGGAACACAUGCACAAGUACUGCUUCGUGACGGCACUGGGCUACCUCAGCUUCUGUCAGAUAACGCGGGUCUACGUCUUCGACUACGGCAUGUACUCUGCAGACUUCACGGGGCCCAUGAUGGUCAUCACUCAGAAGAUCACCAGCCUUGCGUUUGAAAUCCACGAUGGUCUGGCCAAGCGAGAGGACCAACUCAAGCCCAGUCAGAAAUACCUAGCUGUCAGGCGGAUGCCCAGCCUGUUGGAGUACCUGAGCUACAACUGUAACUUCAUGAGCAUCCUGGCGGGCCCCGCCUGCUCCUACAACGACUACAUGGCCUUCAUCGAGGGCAGCGGGUACCACUGCCACGGGGAGCUGGCCAACGGCAAGGAGAACGGGAAGGUCAAGCUCAGCGAGCCCUCGCCCAAGAACGACGUGCUCUCCAAGCUGGUCACGUGCGGCGUCUCGCUGGGCGUGUACCUGGCUCUGUGCAAGGUGAUGCCGGUGGAGCGGUCGGUGGAGCCCUCCUUCGUCGCCAGCACCCCCUUCUACCAGCAGGUCCUCUACCUGUACCUGGCCAUGCUGGCUCUCCGGCCCAAGUACUACUUCGUCUGGACUCUAGCGGACGCCAUCAACAACGCCGCAGGGUUCGGCUUCAACGGAUACCGAAAGGACGGGUCCUCGCGCUGGGACCGCGUCUCCAACCUCAACAUCCUGGAGAUCGAGUUCGCCACCAGCUUCAAGAUGUUCAUCGACAAUUGGAACAUCCAGACGGCCCUUUGGCUCAAGAGGGUGUGCUACGAGCGUUGUCCCCUCAACCCGACGGCCGCCACCUUCCUGCUGUCGGCCAUCUGGCACGGGGUGUACCCCGGGUACUACCUGACCUUCCUCAGCGGCAUCGCCAUGACGAUGGCGGCGCGUGCACUGAGGCACAACGUCCGACCUCACUUUCAGACCUCUGACCUGCGGAGGCGUGUCUAUGACGUCAUCACGUGGGCGGGGACUCAGGUGGCCAUCAGCUACACGGUGGUGCCCUUCGUCCUGCUGGCCGUGGGACCCUCGCUGCAGUUCUACAGCUCCUGGAGCUACUGCAUCCACCUGCUGUGUCUGGUGCUGGUGCUGGUCCUCCCUGUGCGGGCCAGGCGGCCCAGAGACGCGCAGCAGCAGGGGCAGCAGGCUGUGCUGGAAGGAGGCGCUGACGGGGAUAAGGUGCACCAGAGCAACCCCCACGCCACCACGGACAACAACUGCAACAAGAAGGACACAUGAGCUCCACAGGGGGGCGCCGGAGGGCCGACCGCCCCGGCCCUCCUCCUGCAGAGCCAGAAGGAGAGCGGAGCUGGACUCAAGGAAGGAUCAGUAAGCUCACUGGCAGAGUGGCCCAGUCCCAACACCAGGGACAAAGAACCAAAUACAAGUGAACAGACUUCAGACUCUUGGAACAGAACAGACGGACAGCCUCGUUAGGUUCCCAACGUAGCAAAGAAUGACUGGAAUAUUUAGUUGUAUUUUUUUUAUUUUGAGUAUUGGGGGCAGUGGAAGAAUGUAUGCAAGGCGUGGGGAUGGAGAGAGACAAUGUGUGAGUGAUUCUAGUGGUUCAUAAUUAUAAGUCAUAAUUAAUGGUUGCAUACACUUAGUGGAAAUGUUGCAGGGAAUGUUGACCUGACUUCCAAGUGGCCUUAAACCCUCGGUGAACUCGACUGGUGAAGUGGUAGGAUACUGAAAACCUCACCCUGCACGCACUGAGCUGCAGUCUCCAUGCGGGGGGCGUUUAGAGAAUAGAGGCCUUGGUGUGUGUGUGUGUGUGUGUGUGUGUGUGUGUGUGUGUGUGUGUGUGUGUGUGUGUGUGUGUGUGUGUGUGUGUGUGUGUGUGUGUGUGUGUGUGUGUGUGUGUGUGUGUGUGUGUGUGUGAUGGGUUUGGUCUGAUGCAAGAAGCCUCCAACAAAUAGAAAAUAAAAUAAAAUUUUAUGGUCAGCUGCCUAUUUGUAACCGGCCUUAUAUUUCUUUCCUUCUGUUUUGUCUUUCUGUGUCCAGUGGGCACACAUUACACUGUAUAUGAACCUUUUUAUACUAGAGAUAGGGAUUGAAACACGUUUCUGGGAUCAAAUGCCUUUUCAACACGGCCAAUAACGCCCCAGAGUUUUGGCCCGUCUAAAUGAAAACACAGAGAUAAUUUGAUUAAUUACAGAUUUGUUGGACAAAGUAUAUUUAUUAAAUCAUCCAUAAAUGUAAUGUUAAUGUAUUUGUUUUAUAGAUUUAUGACACAGGGUUUUCUGUAAUUUAAAAAAUAUAUAUAGAUAUAUAUAUGAUUCUUCUGAUGAUUCCUAUCGGCUAUGUUAAAUCUUUGCCAAUGAAAAGGAUAAUCAGUAUCAAAACCAUUCCCUAUGUUAAAUGACUAUAUCAUAGUCUAAUAGUUGGUUUAAGUUGGUUUGUCUUCUCUAUCAUAAACAAAAGGUCUAGAGUUCAAAGGUCAUUGGGUAUUUACCAUUGCAUCCUUCACAAUAAUAUGACAUGUCCAGUAGCAAUAAUUGUCAUUAGUGAAUUGGAUUGACGACAAAACCAAUAUAUAUAUUAAUGCUCUGUUUAUUUCAAGAAAAUUUCAAUUGAUUAAUGUAACAGGGAUAAUAUUAUUCAAUAUUGGGAGAAUAUGAUUUGGUAAGUUGUGUUCACUUCUUUGGUAUCCAAGUGUGUCUUUAAUGUUCAAGUAAGGCUUCUUUCAGCAAUUUUUUCAUUGGUUCCUAAUCUUAUGAUAUUCUCCUAACAAGUCAAUCAGUUAAAAAAUAAUUCAUGUGCUUAUGUUCUGUACUUUUACCAAUAUUUAAUUUCCCAUGUUUAAUGUGUUAAUGCACAUGUUGAGUUUUCAAGCACAAAAUCCCCUGUGUUUUAAAUGUGUGCAAUUUCUAUAAAAAACAGACUGCUUGGCUAUCAUUUGAUUUGGUGUGGGGGGCUCUUUAUCCCCUCGCACCCUCAAUAACCUUGCAUAGUCCUGCCAUAAGUGUGUUUGUGCGUGUGUGUGUGUCUGUGUGAUUUGUAAAUGUUAAUGUGGUUUACAGUACACUAUAUUUGUAGCCAGAGCCUCGGUAGGUAAUGUGUGACCCAACUAAAGGAAAAGGGACGUCUUCUUCCGACAUAGCAAGUACUGCACUGCAUGGCGACCAACCAGCAGAUCACUGCACACCGUUCCAUAUGUCUCUAGUGCCAAAUCCUGCGUGGCGCGCGUGUUUUGCGUGGGUGGGCGUGUGCCUGUGUUUCCAUGUACACGUAUGUUGGGUAACCCAAUUGUAUUUUUGUGUCAAAAGAAGAUUGUGGAAAGAUUUGUAUUGCAGCUCGUAUAAAAACAAAUCGAAUUUAUGUGACUAAAGAGAAAUUAUUUUUCAACACUAAUAUAAAAACUUUUGUCUGCG